AUGAUUUCCAACGGGACUCUUCUUUUUAUAGAGCAGCAACACAAGUCGAUAUCGAUGAGACUGCUGCUACUUCUUGCUGUGUCAGAUCUCACAGUUGGACUGGUAGCUAUACCCAUGAGACUUACUACUGUGCUCACUACUAGAGAACUGCUCGGAGUCUGGCCUCUCGCUUCAACUUGGACUUGUAAGCUGUACGGGGGAUCUACGGGGUUCCUGAUCAGAGUCAGCAUGUUCGUGGUGCUCGCCAUCGCCUCGGACAGAAGUAUUGCUGUCUCUCUGCCGCUCAAGUACAAGAGUUUCGUUACCAGGAGAUCAGUGCGGAACACAAUGGUUGCCAUAGUAACAUACUCCCUUCUGAUAACGGUACUAAUCCUGCUCAUAACGCCCCAGUACCGUUACGUCAGGGUUACCAACUCCUGGGGGAUCUGUGUCCAGUCAUUCCGUACCGCCUACCAGAACAGCAAGUCUCUGAACUUUGUGUUCCUGGUGUACCGUGCAGUGGAGUCCACUGCUGCUAACAUCUUCAUCAUCACUCUCACCAGCAUCUCACUCCACAAAAUCUCUCAACGUCCUAAAGUUGUGACGAUGAGUAGAAUCAACAGAGACCGGUAUGUCAGCGUCACCAUGCUGGUCAUCUCCUCGUGUUUCAUCUGCUGUUACUCCCCCUUCGUGCUCUACAUCUCCUUCACCAUAUUCCCAGAGGUGGUCUCCAGAGAGGUGGAGUUAGUUGUGGGACAAACCGUUCUCACUCUCCUCGAACUAACAAGCUUUACCAACCCGUUUAUCUACCUGGCUCGGAACAGCAGGAUUAAGAAACAGUUUGUGGUGGCUCUGCGGAGUAAGUUUGAGCAGUUCUCCGCGAGGAUGCAGAGUUUGAAGGGUUGCUCUGGUAACACGACCAGUACCCAGGAUACCAACUGUGUGAUCCUGGAUAACAGGAGUAUUACUGAGAAUAACGGUAGUAAUGCUAGUCCUGCGGUUAACAGUGAUCAGGUACUCUGUGACACUAUUCAACAGUUACACUUGGACUGA